CUCCACCGCUAUGCUUCAUUCGGACUGGAACUGCCGAGGAAGAGUUGCGCACCGUGAGCGUGCUCUUCUUCAUCCUCUUCUUCAGUCUGCUGUAGAUGGCAGCAGGAGGUUCAUCUCUGGAGGAAUCAGGAUCCACUCAGCUCCGCAUUUCAUCCACUCCAGCUCCGACUGAGUCUCCGGGAACCAACAGAGAACCAGAGGGAACCACAGAGAACCAGAGGUAGCCUACAGGAUCUGGAUUUAUUCUGCUUUUCCUCUUUCGCUCCAGACUGAAUCCUUCCGUCUCUCCAGCCACCGGCGGCUCUAAUUGGCCGGGUGUUUCCCCCUCCUCCCCCGGUUUAUUGUCAGUGACAGUCGGAUUAUUUCCUCCCGGCGGCCGCUGCUCCUCAGCCUCCUGCUCCUCCACGAUGCGGGCUCCAGCUAAGAAUUAAUAAAUCGCUGCUGUUUCUUCCUCCUCUGCUCGGAUUUUUUCCAGUGAUGUCGCCGUGUCCUCAGGUCUGAGCCGUCAGUUUGAGCAGAGAAUCCAGAGCUUCCUUCCAUAACUUCCUCCUCCAGCUUCCCCUCGCCCCUCCAGAGGUUCUCCAGAGGUUCUCCGUGGUGUUCUGGUCAGCUCCGUUCGCCUUCGGGGCCUCGGACCUUCAUGCGUCUUCCAGCGUUAGAGUCCUCCUCCACCCACACCACCACCACCACCAUGAGCUGUGAGCAGGAGUUUGGAGACGGAGCCAUGGGCGUGACGCUGACGCUGCGCCUCCUCAUGCACGGAAAGGAAGUCGGAAGCAUCAUCGGAAAGAAAGGAGAAACUGUGAAGAGAAUAAGAGAAGAGAGCAGUGCCAGGAUCAACAUCUCAGAAGGUUCCUGUCCAGAGAGGAUCAUCACCAUCACCGGGCCAACGGACUGCGUGUUCAGAGCGUUCACCAUGAUCGCCUUCAAACUGGAGGAGGACCUGGCAGCUUUGGUAGCAAACGGUACAGUGACCAGCAAACCUCCAGUCACCCUCCGACUGGUGAUCCCGGCCAGCCAGUGUGGUUCCCUCAUCGGUAAAGGAGGUUCUAAGAUCAAGGAGAUCAGAGAGACAACAGGCGCCCAGGUGCAGGUGGCAGGUGACCUCCUACCAAACUCCACAGAGAGAGAAGUGACAAUAUCAGGAAGCCAAGAUGCCAUCAUCCAAUGUGUCAAACUCAUCUGCACUGUAAUCCUAGAGUCUCCGCCGAAGGGAGCGACUAUUCCAUACCGACCCAAUCCGACCCCGGGAACCGUGCUGCUGGCAGGAAACCAGGUAAGCCAUUGGGUGUUCGAGGCAUCAGACUUCGGUUCCCAUCCUCUGUUCUCGGUGGCUCAGGGAGGCGUCGACCUGCAGCAAACGUACGCCGUUCAGAGCCACUAUGGCAUUCCACACUCAGAGUUAGCGAAGCUGCACCAGUUGUCGAUGCACCAGCAAGGCCUGGCCCCAAUCAGCCAAUCAGCGACACAAGUCCUACCUGGAGGAGUCGAGUCGAACUCUCAAACCACGUCUCAGGAGCUGCUCAUUCCAAACGACCUGAUUGGCUCCAUCAUUGGUCGCCAGGGAACCAAGAUCAAUGAGAUCCGGCAGGUUUCUGGGGCUCAGAUUAAGAUCGGCAGUCAGAUCGACAGCACCAGCGACCGACACGUCACUAUCACCGGGACGCCGAUCGCCAUAAACCUGGCUCAGUAUCUGAUCACCACCUGUUUAGAGACUGCCAAAUCCACCGCCCAGUCCUCCUCCAUGCCGUCUCCUGUUGACCUGACCAUGAGCUUCACCCAGCCCGCCCCCCCUGCCUCUGCCUCGUCCUCCUCCUCCUCCCCCCUGGCAGCGAUGGGUGCCGCUCUGCCCCACGCUCCGAUCCUGGGCGCCCCCUACGCCCUUCCUCUCUCCAGCCUCCUGGGAGUGAAAUCCAUCCCCUACCUGGCACUCUCCACCCCUCCCGCCUCAGCAGCAGCGGCGGCCAUCGGGGCUCCCAUCCUACCGGGUUCGAUGCAGACGACGGCGGCCGUCCCGGUUCCAGCUCACGCGGCGGCAGCGCUGGCGUCCUACACGGCCAAGAUCUCCUCCUCGGCCAACGGGAUGAAGAAGCCGGAGAGACAGAAGUUUGCGCCGUACUGAUGGAGGAGAUCAUCGGUGAGGUAGCUGUUGGUUGGUGUUGGACGGAAGAGCCGCUUUAAUUUGUUUCUCCUUUGCACUCUUUAUCACGUCUUCUGUCUCUUGACUGCUUAAAAUAUCAAAGUGGGAUAAUUGGAUCAUGUAUGACUUCAAACAUGUUUUAUGAACACGAUCAAUGGGAGCCAUGUGCAGCCACAAAUAGGGCUUUUCCACAGCACCAGAGUAAGCAAUGUCCUUCAAAUCUGGUAGAGUGGAAUCUCAGAUGAAAAGGAUGAUCAGUAGAAAAAACGGCAACUCUGCCUGGAAACUUUGGUAAAUCCCAAAGUAUUCGUCUUCAAUCUGUUGUGCAUCGAAGUCUUUCAGUCUGUUUCAUCUGCCCAUAAUUUCAAACUGGAUUGAGACGGUAUCAGUAAAAGCAUUUUCAAGACAUCAUUUCAUAAACUGCCAAUGAGACUGAAUCGAGUAAUUUAUGUGAUGAUUUAAUAUAAUAAUGGGGAAAUAUAUCUUCAAGUUGUUUACUUUGAAGAUAUUUGAGCUUUUCUGAACACAAACCACAAAGAGAUUCUACAGUUUAGCGACUGGUCAGCACCAGAAAUACCAGUUGGUUCAACUAAUUAGGGCAAAAUAGGGAUGUCCAAAUUCUAGCAUUUGUUAUUUGGGGUCCAUUCCAAUACUGAAACUAUGACACUACAUAAUGCACCAGAAAUAGAUAUAGUACGUCCCAGUACAUAGUAUGUCAAAUCUAGUUUGUCAAUAAACACCCGAAUGUUGUACAUUCAGUUAGAUUUUGCAGUAAACAAGCCAGUGUGCUUUUCUAGCCAUUCAGACCGACAAUCUUUGCGCAGUUAUGUCUUGUGUAAGUAUAAACAAGCUUACCUGUGAAGUUUUAAGUUUAAGACGCACUAUUAUAAUGAAGUAGUAUGUCCCAGUAUUGUACAUACUGCAUGAAACAGUGCAUACAUUAUGAGGGCAGCUGUAGUACCCUUAAUGUACCAUAAGUGGUCAGGAAACUUGUUGUAAAGGCUAGACAGGACACUGUCUAAAAUGUAGUGCUAGAGGGUAAAUGUAGCAUUAGAGGGUAAAUGUUAUAUUAGAAGGGAAAUGUAGUAUUAUAGGGUUGAGUGUAAGCUCCAAAAGUACAAAUGUAUUGUAGAUUAGGUCAAAAGAUGCAGAAAACCUGUAUUCUUUAUAUGCAUGUCACAAAAAUGUGUUGUUCAUUAGCUGUACCACCUGGUUGUUCUAUCUGGUCGCUAAUUAGUUUAGCAAACGAGUAUUUCAUGUGCUGACUACUGAGGGUUGCAACAUUUAUUCAACUAAUUGUGCACAUCUCCAGCGCACCUAAAAUCAAUUAAAAAUAAAAAGGAACACUACCUUGGCUGCACACCAAGCUAAAGGAAAAGCCCUAAAAUCAGACCUGGAUUCUGAUUAUAACUGAGUUUACUUUCUCAAUGGUAAACUUCAAAAGAACAAAUCAGCAGUCAUAAUCACCUCCAGACCUGCUGCGGUGGCUCCCGUCAGGGCUAUCAGGAAUGAAAUGAGGGAGGAUUUCAGAUUUUCACGCAUGCAUCAGUUUAAGCUCUGUGAGGGGAAAACAAAUUAAAAACAAACAGAAGAUGAAGAAUAAUAUCAUUCACCUUGCUUCUUUGACCCGUCAGCUUUUUCUUUGAGUAGCAAUUUUAAAACAAAGUUAGAGAAGCUUUUAAAGCCCCAAAGCGAGGUGAGUGGGCCUGAUACAAUAUGACAAUCCUGUACAGCAGCUUUCUAAGGUUGACGGAUCUCCAUGUGGCUACAAUGGUUUGGUCCACUCAGGGUCACGGACUCCUCUUUACUUCCCCCCAUGUAAAUAAAUGCUUCUAAACACAGUCAUAAGAAUUUUCCUCCAUAAUCAGACAAACUUGUGGAUGUUUUCAUGUCUCUGUCCUGUUUGAAGGUGCAGUAAGAAGCAGAUGGUUUUGUCUCAACCCCAAAUCACAAGACUCAAGGUGUGGAUGAUGCUGAAACUGCCAGGACGGAUGCCAGGACUGCUUUAUAAGUACCUUAUAAGUGCUGUCAUUGAACCCAUCAGACCUCCUCAGGAAAAGACUCAACUAAAAGAUAAGGACAUUCCUUUGAGGACAGCAAUGUCCACAUUCUAGACGGAGUUAAACUAUAAACACGGCAAAGGGGUCUACGACACCACUCAUUAGGUACUUAUAAUGCAGUCUUGAGAUCCCUGACCAGGUGGUUUUACACAAAGGUGACCCUAAAGGAAUAUCUGGAACUCUGCAGAAAUCAGUCAAAGUCAAAUUAAACUCAAACUAGGGGAAAAGGGUCUACAACACCACCUAUCGGGUACUUUUAGAUGCAGUCUUGAGAUCCCUGGAAAAUAUAACAUAAAAUACAGAAAGUACCUGGAACUCUGCCUGUUUUGAGUUUACCUCAAUACUAAAUGACUGUAGCAAAGGGAGUCGACAUUACCACCUACCAGGUACUUAUAAUGCAGUUUUGAGAUCCCUGACCAGGCAGUAUUACCCAAAGAUGACCCAAAAUAAAUACCUAGAACUCAGCACCAGUCAGUUAGAAUCAAGUUAAACUCAAAACAUGGUAAAGGAGGCCUACAGUACCACCUAUCAGGUACUUUUAAUGCAGUCCUGAGACCCAAAGGUGGCCUGAAAUAAAUACCUGGAACUCUGUACCCAUUAGCCAAAACUGAGGAAGCCUCUUGGGUGGAAAACACCUCCAGGAACCAAAAAAAGAAGUCCGGUUGUCUUCUACUGAAGCACAGAGGAUUACUAUGACUGAGCUGACUGAAGUUAUUGAUUCUACCUCUAUUUGUAGUAGUUUUGGCUCACUUUAAACUCAUGAAGCUACAAUGGUAUGGAAAUAGAAUGGCUGAAAAAGAUGCCUGAAGGCAACCCCUACUAAGGUUCGCCAGUGAAGGUGUUACCUUUAGGUUGUAGGUGUAAAGACUCACCUUAGAGGUGUAUCCAUUGGUGUUGCAAACAUCCAUCAGGUCUACCUGCAUAUCCACAUGAUGAACGAGGUAAAAAUUAGACUUUAACACACUAAAACUGUAUUUUUGUGGCUGCCUUUACUGUUCAGAUUCAGAUUUCCCAGUCUGGCACAUGACAGUGUUAUAAAGUUCACAAUAAAACACAUAAUUUAAGAUGAAAGCACAAGUUUGUGGCCAGUUACAAAACAGAAGAUGCAUCAGAUGUUUCAAAGAAAACCUAAUAUUUGUUUUUAAAAUUCGCCUAACUUACCUUUAGCUGUUUUGCUUCAUGAUCUGCUCCUUCAAUAUUCAGCAAAAGUGCAGAGACAUUUAAAAACUAGCCAUUUGUUUGGCCGACUAUGGUGAAAAAUGAGCACCAGCGUCAUCAUUUUCCAACAAUCCUACUUGUUUCACUUAAAGUCGGCUCUUUAAAUGUUGUUCUUGCAGCUCUGAUCGGAGCUCGGAGGGUCGGUGGGCGUUCGUAGCUACUGAUAUUUGCGGUUAUUUGGGUCAUAAAAGCCUGUAUAAGCCAUAGAGACUAUCCAGCUUUCCCUUUCCUUGUCUGUCUCCUCCUGUUAUAUACUCGCAUAUUUAUGAACUAUUAUGGAAUAUUCCCUCAGAGUUUAUAUCACUGGUCACUAACACUGAGCUGAACAACUCGGCUUUUGUAUACAAUGAUGUUGACUUGUAAAUGACUAUUCCCUUUCUGCUUCUUCUCGUUUUCUUUUUUCUUUACUUUCAGUAUUUGUUGUAAAGAGUUUUUUUUUAAAAACAGAUUUAAGUUCUCAUUUUAAAUGUGUUGUUUAAAUUAUUUUUUAACUUAUUGAGUAUUGCACUUUGCAGUUUUAGAACUUUUCUCUUUCCAACAUGGCUGCAGGUAAAUACUGUAAAACUGUUUUUUUGUUGUUGUUUUUUGUUUUUUAUUAGAUGUGUAAACUAAAUGAAUUUUCUUUUUGGAAAACAAACAAAAAAAUAACAAUCACGGUAUCUUUGAUGCUAAUAACCAGAUGUUUUUGUUAGAACAGUAGUGUUUUCACCUGUGAGCUCAAACUGGACAUUUUACUUCUUUCUAACUGGGGAUAUCAGUUUGUAAAUGUCUGCUUCUCCACUUUUAGUAUCCACAGAAUUACAAUAAAAGUAGAACUACACUUCCUAGAAACCUGCUUUAUGGUAUAAACAUGAGAUGGCAGAGUGCAGCUGAGUUUAAUUUACUGUAUAUGUUCAAACAACUACAGCGAGGAGUUUCCGUAGUGUCAGUUUUAAAAGAAAGACAUGUUGACAAGUAAUUCCUGCAUGGGUUGGUCGUACCGAUGAAUAACUUGUCAAGUCUUAGCAGAAAUAUCAGAGACAUGCUGAGAUAACAACGGGCCAAGUCUGGCUUCAACCCAUCACAAAGAACGGAGUCGACACUUUCUGUAGCGUCUCACAGGAGGAAGUUAAAAACAGACGUUUCCAGGCAAUUUAUGGAUCGUCUGCAGUUACAUUUUCUUUUUUCCAAUGCCUCUACGUAUCUGUAAAUAGUCACAUAUUUGUAUUUUAUUAGUGUGACACAACUGCAUCACUGUUAGGUUUCUAAAAGUCCAACAAGAGGACCACAGUCCUGCAAAGGUUACGUAUCUGUAGCUGUAAAAUAAAUUGGAAAAUAAGCUGAAAACUAGAUUGGAGGCACCAUUGGCCAAUAAAUUAGCAGUCUUUCACACUGAGUAGACCAACAGUGACAACAACAUUCAUUUAAAGUUGUGUUUUAGCUCUGUUUUUGGUCUCCACCUGCUCCUUGGCUGCUAAAUAUUCCACUAUAGUCAGCUAGGCAUGAAAUUUACCAAAGACUAACAUUUUUAUGCAGUUUGGUAAAUAAGGCAUAUCUGAUAUUAAAAAUAAUCUGGAGAAAUUAACUGUUGGAAAUUUACAAACUAGGUGGACAAACAGCAACAAUAACAUUCAUUCAAAGUCGUGUUUUAGCUCCAUUUUUGGUCUCCACCAUCUAUUUUGCUGCUAAAUAUAGGCAAGAAAUGUACCAAAGCCUACCAUUUUUAUGCAGUUUGCUUGGCAGAAUUAGCCAUACCUGCUAUUACCAACAACAGCAUUCGUUUAGAAUCAUGUUUUAGCUCUAUUUUUGGUCUCCACCAACUCCUUAGCUGCUAAAUGCUCCACUAUAGUCAACUAGGUAUGAAAUUUAUCAAAGCCUAACAUUUUUAAGCAGUUUGUUUGGUAAAAUAAGACAGAACCUGAUAUUAAAACUAAUUUAGAGACAUUAACUGUUGGGAAUUUACACACCAGGACAACAAACAGCAACAAUAGCAUUCAUCUAGAAUCAUGUUUUAGCUCCAUUUUUGGUCUUCACCAACUAAUGUGGAACCCAUCCGUCUCUUUAGCUGCUAAAUUCCCCACUGUGGUCAACUUUAUUGAUUCCAAAUCCCCUAUCAAUACAGAUGACCAGCAUGAGUGAGAUGUACGUCUAAUGAUAUGCAUCCUUAAAGUGAAACCUCAUUAAACGUCAAUGCCGCUGUCAGACUUGAGUGUAUAAACACUGUUUUUAAGCUCCUGGAUAUCGAUCAUUCUCACAGCGGUCGAUCGCUGCCGCGUCACGCUGAUUGAUUACAGCUAAAUUAGGAAAGUGUGAGUCUAUUUAUUGCAUUUCUGUGGCAGAAUCCCUUCUCUGUGUUUUAAAGUAGCAAGAAGACCUUCUUUCAUUUGAUUUAACAUCCAACUAAACUGAUGCCUGACGCUGGGUCUUGACUGCCGGAGCGUCAGAGACUAAUGCUGCAUGUUCGCUUUGCCUCACUAACACACAAAGAAACCACCCAAACAUACAUGUAAAUACACAUUAGCACACUGACAGAUAGCGCCGACUCCCAGGCCUCGGUCUUUGCACUGACAGUGUGAACUAAAGCAAUACUAAACAGAGCCGGACGAUUAGCUCCACACUGAUAUACAAACAUAUUAACACUCAACUGGAUGGUCGCUUCUCUGUUUCCUUUGUUUUUAAAAAUACUGAUAAUAAUGUGGUAUAUUUAACAAGCUCACUUAUUUUUAUAAACCUCGAACUCAACUCAACUGAACUGUGGACACCGUGUUUGGUCACGUCUCUACGCUCACCUUGUUUGUGUUUGUUUUUUUGUUUCCGGUCAUCGUCCAUUUGCAUGAGUUUGACUUGAAUUGAUGUCUAUGCAAAAACAUCUCUGUGGUUCGGCUCAGUGAUCCCGGCGAGGUUCAGGCUGUGCUGGUGCUUGUGAAGUGCAGCUGAAGUGAAAUGAAAGGGCUACAGAAGACGACGGUCCGACUCACAACACAUCUGCCCCGAAGAUUAAUAAUAAAUAACACGUUCGCACUGAACCUUGGGCUGCAACUUAAGAUCAUUUUCACUAUUUUCUACCUAUAAAAUGGCAGAAAACGGUGAAAAAUGUCAAUUGGUGCUUUGAAAAUCUGACAAAUGUCCUGUUUUGUCCAAAGAUAUUGAGUUUUCUAUGACAAAAACCAGAAAAUAUUCACAUUUAAGAAGCUGCAAUCGAACAAAUUUGCAAAUAGCUGACCACUAAUUGAUGAAUCAUUGCAGGGCUACACUAAAGGUAGUGUGACCGGUUUUCAUUUUUAACAAAAGUCUACGUUACAAACCCCCAAUUUUUUAAUCUAAUCCUUUUGUAGCCUUUGUGAAGCACCUAAAGCUAGAAAAGUGCUGCUUAAAUCAAGGCAUAAUUAUUAUUAAAAUGCUAAAACAGAGCUCAAAUACAAAUAUUUCUCUGAAAGAUUUCCAGGAAGUGGACUUUCUGUUGAGAACUGUUGGUUGAACUCAUCAAAUAUACCAAACUAGAGACCAUCUAGAGUAUUUUUAUGUCUUACAUCAUGUCUGAAGGGGAUCUUUCAAUGUUUCUAGCCAAUGGAAGCUUCAACUUUUAAUUUUGAACCAAGCAAAUUAAAUGAUUUCAGGUUAAAUUGCUUCAACGGAUAAGGAAAUGUUGGGAUAAAGCAGGUUUUAACAUUGAAGAUUAGCGAAAUAAUGCCCAAAAUACUCCCAUUCACAGAGUAGACUAAUGGUACAGGACCUGAUAGCAGUGUUCGAGAUACUUUUGGAACAUUAGUGUGGAGGUUUUCAGAAACUUCAGGCAUCAGGUGAAAGCAGAAAGUAGGUCGUAAGUCCAGAGAUGUACUUGAAUUUUAACCACAAGUUUGCGUAGGCAACUGGCUGCAUCGUAAACAUAAUUGUUCGUAUAUUUGUUUAGGUACUAUGCGCAUUACCGGAGGAUUCCUCUAGAGAGCGCAACAGAUAACUUGUAAACAAUAAUUGGCGCCUGGUCAGUUUUUCCAACAUUGUACGCUUUGUAUGGAUGAAACUGUUUCGAACAUUGACUUAAAAAAUUAUCUUUCGCCAGCUUUAUUGGCAGAAUUAAUCAUGCAGAUUUUGGUAAAUGCUGACUUUUUCUUUACCAGCUUCUACAUUUAUUAUUUAUGACCGUUAAUCUGCAUCUUAUUGCUAAACAGAUGCAAAAUAUACACGAGACAGCCAUCAUGCUAACGUGUAGCUAAAAGAAAGUAUAUCUAUGGCAUGUCAGAUUUAAGCAUAAAGAAAUAAAUCUUUUGCAGAUGACAUAGUUCUCUCUGACACAAAUAAACCUGCUGAGAAGUCAGAGAAAAAAAACUUUAAAAGUUGCCAGAGGAUCAGCACAAUUAAAGUGGUAACUCUGAGUACAUUUGCUAGUAAAUAGUAAAAUUUAACUUAUUUUUUUCUGAAAUGUAGACAAAUAGAAGCUAAAAACUGAGGCUUGAGUGGUAAAGUGUCAGUAUAACGCCAUUAUAUAAACUGUUCCUGUUGUUAAAAACGAGAUUAUUCAGCGAUAUUAUCUUUCACUGUCGCAAACCAAAGAGGAAAUAAAAGUAUUAACUCGAACCACCUUCUCAGAAUUACAAGGUAAAGCCUCUGAAUUCUUAUUAAGUGAAUCCAAUUAGAUAUAUCACUUACUGGAACUGUUUUUGAAUUAUGUGUAGAGUUGGUCAGUUUUACCUCAACAUCACUGAAAAGACGGAACCUAAAAUGAUUUAAUUUGCAUAAAUAUCAGAAAACAUUAGAAGUUGAACUGUCCCAAUUUGAGAAAAAUGCAAAGACCCCAACUCCAGAGAGUUAACUUGCCUUUUUAGACACAUUUUGGGAGUUAAACAUUGAAUAUUAUCAUCUGCGCUACAAAGACCACGCUUCCAAAUGCCACAGCAGCAGAAUUUUCUCAUAAUUCCAGCAAAUAAACUGAACUUGAGCAGCAGGUAAAACAAACAAACAUGCAGUUUACUUAUAGAAACACUAACGGGACGCCGUGGGAACCUGGAAUCAACCAAACAGUGGAUUUUAGCUGAAGGCAAAACAAAGAUAGCCUUUGUUCAAUCUGAAUUAGCUGCAUGCUUUUACUGCAGAAUUCCCCUAAAAAUAAACCAACCCAGCCUUCACAUGAGCAGGUAUUUCUGCAGCCGUGGAGGCCCAAACAGGAAUUAUUGCUCUUCGGGUUAAAUGUGUUGCGUGGAUCGGACUUUCGAGGUUUCAGCAACGCUAGAAGUUCACUGCGUAAAGAUGCUUCAUUCCAAGUCGUACGACAGAAACAAAGCUCGACAGACGCAUAACCCAAACACACUUUCAUUCUGAACCGACCGCUAUGCGAAACGGUUAUGAAUAUUGUAUUGCACUUGAACAUGAAAACUCCAUUAUGAAGAGAUCUCCUCUCCCGAGUGUGAAGUACUACCAUGUUUCUGUUUUCAUUUCAGCCUCCCUGUGAUGACGGGGAGGUCUGCUCUUUGUGUAUCAGCCUGAUGUGUUUGUGAUUCUCUGUUUCCUUUCCAUUCAUGCCAUGUUCUAAUAAAUUAAACCCACACCGA